UAAUCACAUUUGUUUCUCUAAAACUCACUGACACAUUUUUUGCCAGGUGUAGACAUUCAUUUGACUAUAAAAAUGUAACAUAUGACGAUGAAUAUUAGACUACAGAGUUGUAUCUAUGAUAAAGAAGUAAAUUUCGAAGUAAAAUACUGAAUAAAGUGUCAGGUGCCACAUUCUGGAUGAUAAUUAAAGUGUCCGGCAGAUGGAGCUAGAGAUAUCUGGCCCACCUUGGUCUCCUAAGUAUGCUGGUCUGUCGCAUAGGAUGUUAAAAUGGUAUUUUCUUGAAGUGUAGCUUAUGAUCACACUAUAACCCAUCAUAUUCUUCGACCUAUCAUCACGGUCUUACAAGUCAUUGCUCAAAGAUGUUAAAUUACAAACAAUUUUGUGAUUAUGUGAUUAAUAUAAUAAUUUGUAUAUAAUAUAAUAUAAUAAUAGUAUAAUUUGCUCUUCCAGUCAAGGUAGCAAUUAGAUUAUAUUACUUUACGAAUACUGUCGUCUCAUCAUUAAAUCGAAACCUACGACAACCAGAAUGUUCUCUUCAGUGUACUUGUUAGGCCAUUAAACGGCCGUAGCACUCUCACCCCGCCCUAUCACCUGUGGACUGAAACUUGUCACACGAGGAAGUCGACAGGCAGUCACAUAGUACAGAUGCUCCAGAUGUAUCAGAACAGGUGAGAUAGUCAACAUUGGUUAUCGCCGAGGACAUCUUGGAAUUAAUUUAACAGAAAAGGAGGUACAGAUUUCAAUGUGAAAAGUCUUGCACAUCACAUUCAGCAAGAUCCCAUCCCCUCCAUCAGUAUGGAGCCCAUCAAGAAGAAGACCGCGUGGUCCAACUUUCGGGCCAAGACCAAAGCCCAGUUAAGCAACAUAAAGAUGGGCAAGAAGGGUCCCGGGAAGGACAAGAAGACGCAUCUGAAGUAUCGUCGGAGCAUCUCCGUGCCCGACCUCCGAUUUGCGGCCUCACAUCAGCUUUCGUCCCAGCACCCUAUUCUCCAGUCGCCGUGCGAUGACUCCAUGUUCUUUGCUGGUUCCAGCAGCCCUUAUUGCCAAUCCGUGGCCGAGAGCGGCUCAUCCAGCCCGACGUUUUCAGAGCACUCCUCCAUUCCCGACACCCCCUUCUACACCAGGUUGGCCUCGCCGCCCCAUGCCAGCUUUCCCACGGAGAAAGUGGCUGACCCGGACGUCUGUGUCUCUCCAAAGAGAGUGAUGGAGGUCGACUCACAUGCGGGAACUUCCCCGUUUCUGGUGGAGGAGGCGAGUGGUCAGACUGAGAGGGUGGGAGGAGCUCCAUACAGAGUGCAUAGUGCUCCUCUCAUAAGGCCACCUGUACCUGCUGAGAGGCACUUCUUCCAGGCUAACCCAGUGCCAGCUCCUGCAGAAAGACCCGCCGCGCCAAAAGCCAUAUCCGUUUCCUCAGAGAAGAAAACAACUCCAGUGGCCAGGAAGGUCAACGCACCAGACUCACUCUCUCUGCCCUCAGAGAUGUCCUGCGCGAGUACCACAGAGUCGGGCAACAGCUCACCCUCGGAGGAGCAAAUGGAUAUGGAUAACGACCUUAUGGCCAUGAUGGAACCAAUGACGCCCAUGUCCAGAGAGAUGUUCAUCAUAGGGUCUGCAGAGGAUGUACCCAAUACUCCUAAUGAAACCAGUGACUAUGAUACCAACUCCCUGCUAGAGCGAAUAGAGGGAAGUGUAUGUGUCUUGCGCAGGGCUUCUAAUGAAACCAGUGACUAUGAUUCCAACCCCCUGCUAGAGCGAGUAGAGGGAAGUGUAUGUGCCUUGCGCAGGGGCGCAGCUACCAGCCUAGAGGUGCUGACUGCCAUGGGGCAGAAGGUGCAGUACCUCCUCACCAUCAACCUCAAGGAGGGCAGAAACCUCGUGGUGCGGGAUCGCCGUGGCACGAGCGAUCCCUUUGUUAAAUUCAAAAUUGAUGGAAAGACGUUCUACAAAAGCAAAGUGGUGAACAAGAACCUCAACCCGGCCUGGAACGAAUCAUUCUCCUACCCAGUGCGUGAUCUGGAGCACAAGCUUUAUGUGAAGGUGUAUGACAGAGAUCUUCGAUCUCAUGACUACAUGGGUGGGAGCUGUACGAGUCUAAAUAAACUUGAACUGGAAAAGACCACAGAGUUGGUGCUGAAGCUGGAGGACCCCAACAGUAAAGAGGCAGACAUGGGAGUGAUCAUCAUCGACGCCUGCCUGUCUGUGAGAGAUGGGCCCACCAAGAGAAACCGAUGGAUGAUUAGGCGGAGAGGGAGCUUUGGGAAGGGUCAGUCUCCCGCCCAGGGCCAGCAGCCCCAACAGCCCCAGCAGCGGGGUGUGGACGUGAAGAAGAACCAGGUGUGGAGUGGCGUCUACUCCAUCGUUUUAGUGGAGGGCCAGGACAUGCCUGAUGUGGGCCAGGGCGACGUGUACGUGCGCUUCCGACUGGGGGAGCAGAAGUUCAAAAGCAAGAACCUGUGUAUAAAGGCGAACCCGCAGUGGAGAGAGACGUUUGACUUCAACCAGCUGGACGGACUGGAAUUGCUGCAGGUGGAGGUGUGCAGCAAGAGAGGCCGCAAGUGUGAGGAGUUUUGGGGACUGCUGGAUAUUGACCUGUCCAGGCUGCCAGUCCAGCAGAGGCAGCUGUACACGCGGGUGCUGGACCCGGGCAAGGGAAGGCUGGUCUUCCUCAUCACCCUCACGCCCUGCUCCGGAGUCUCCGUGUCCGACUUGAGCUCACCCCCCUUAGAUGACCUGCAGACCAGCGAGAGGGUGCGAGACCAUCAUAGUUUGAAGAACUCCUUGAAAAAUAUGAAGGACGUCGGUUUUGUUCAAAUCAAGGUGAUCAAGGCCACUGACCUCGCAUCGGCUGACCUCGGCGGUAAGAGCGAUCCCUUCUGCGCACUCGAGCUGGGGAACAGCAAGCUGCAGACCCAGACCAUCCACAAAACACUCAACCCGGAGUGGAACAAAGUCUUCACAUUGCCAAUUAAAGACAUACAUGAUGUCCUUGUUCUGACGGUCUAUGACGACGACCGGGACAAACCUCCAGACUUCCUUGGGAAAGUGGCAGUGCCUUUGCUCUCAAUUCAUAAUGGCCAAGCAGUUACCAAGCACCUGAAGAAAGAUAAUUUAGGAAGUCAGUCUAAGGGGACCAUCUCACUGGAGAUGGAUGUCAUCUACAAUCCAGUUCGCGCAGGCAUCAGAAGCUUUGGACCAACAGAAAUUAAAUUCAUGGAGGACAAUCCCAAAUUUAACAAGAAGCUUUUAGCCCGCAACAUAUACCGGGUGCGACGGAUCAGCGGGGCCAUUCUGUACACGCUGCAGUACAUUAAAAGCUGUUUUCAGUGGGAGAGCACGCAGCGCAGUAUAACAGCCUUCUUGAUCUUUGUGCUGACGGUGUGGCAGUGGGAGCUCUUCAUGCUGCCCCUCUUCCUGCUCCUGCUCAUCGCCUGGAACUACUUCCAGAACACCCCGGGGGCGGUCAGCCACAGUCAGGACCUGGAAAACAUGUCCGUGGCUGAAGACGACGAGGAGGACGAAAAGGAAUCAGAGAAGAAAGGACUGAUGGAGAAAAUCCAUAUGGUUCAAGAGACGGUCCUCAUCGUGCAGAACACCUUGGAUGAGGUUGCAUCUGUCGCAGAAAGGAUUAAGAACACUUUCAACUGGUCAGUGCCUUUCCUGUCGUUCCUGGCCUGCAUAGUGUUCUUUGGGGUGACGGCUGCAUUGUACUUUAUCCCGCUUCGCUACAUCGUGAUGAUAUGGGGUGUUAACAAAUUCACCAAGAAACUGCGCGACCCGUAUGCCAUUGACAAUAAUGAAAUGCUGGAUUUCCUCAAGAGGGUGCCUUCUGAUGUUCAAAAGGUGCAGUACAGCGAGCUCCGCGCGCCCGCUGCCAACCCACAGCGCAAGAAACGCUAGAUCCCUGCCUGGAGGACCAGAGGAGGGGAUGGAGUGAUGCGCCGAUGUGGAUGGAUGGAUGGAUGGAUGGAUGGAUGGAUGGAUGAAAGGCGGCCCUUUCAUAAAAUGUCUCGGUCGCUCUCUGUUUUGGUACUUUGACAACUCGCUUGUGCCCACUGGACACACUGUUACUGCGAGGCCCAUGGUCAUGUGUGUGUAUGAGUGCAAAUUGGGUUGCGUGUGUGUAUAGGUGUGUGUAUGUGUGUGUUUUU